AUGUGCUAUAUAGGCAAGGCCACCAAGAUCUUCUUCUUCAUCGUCGCCAUCCUCGCCGUCUCCGGCCUCAUCCUCGGCUUCGGUGUCCUCCGUCGUGGCGCUUCCAACAAGACUCAUGGCUGUAACGAUCCUCAAUGCCGCCCCACCGCCGUUCCUUUCGAACCUCCACCCUCAUCCUCCUCCUCUUCCACCUUCUCUCCCUUAAUCGCUUCUCCGCCGACUUUCUUCAGCCCUCCAAACCCUAUUCCUUUUCCAGUUAGUCCCCCUGUUCCUUAUCCUUAG